AUGGCUAAACAGCCGGACGAUCAGGAUGUGGGCGACUUCUCGUUGAAGCAAAUCGCCACCAAGUAUUUUCUGUCAUGCGCUGCAGCUCUUGUUGCCGAAACGGUCACAUAUCCGCUCGAUAUAACUAAAACUCGACUUCAAAUAGCUCGAAAUAAGCUCACCAAAGGAGGUAUGUUCCAAGUUACUUAUGAUAUCGUUCGGAGAGAAGGUGCCAUGAGUCUCUGGACUGGAGUUGGGCCGGCUGUCACUCGUCACUACAUCUACACUGGAAUACGUAUGGGAGCAUACGAGUCCCUCAGGGGUAUGGUUUUUGACAAAAAAAAAGAGAAAACGUUCCCUAUGUGGAAAUCAAUGCUAUGUGGCGCGACCUCUGGCCUUGUUGCACAGUUCGCUGCUAGUCCUACAGAUCUAGUAAAG